GUGCGUCGAUUCCGAAGUGGCGAUGUGAAGGUGCGUUUGACGUUGAUCGAGACGAGUAUCACGAUGAUGUGUGCAGACGUUGGCACCAUAAAGCAUCUGAAUCAGCCAACUGCUCACAAGUAUUGCGUGGAAUGGGGUACAGUGGCUAGAAAUCGCUCGAGACAAGCUGCCCGAGCUCAUGUGCCUGCCCGUUCUUCGAAUUCAACACCACAAUCAUUCAAACCCGUCUAUUUUGAUACGACUCUGAACAAUAACAACAGUUCUAUUGGAGUUAACUAA